AUGAACGAUACAACUGUCGCUUAUUAUUACAUAGCAAAUGUGACGGAAAAGUUCAGUAACGGUUCUGAAGAUGCGUCGCCUUCGCCGCAAAUUGCCGGCUUCGAAAACAUUAUCGAUAACAAGUUUGUCCAAGCCAUUUUCUGCGUUAUUUACACAAUAAUUUUCGUCCUAGGACUACUUGGGAACAUUUUGGUUUGUUACGUCGUCAUUAGGAACAGAGCAAUGCAAACAGUUACGAAUCUUUUCAUAACAAACUUAGCGUUAUCUGAUAUAUUGCUCUGUAUAUUUGCGGUACCGUUUACACCUCUUUACUCUUUCCGAGGUUCGUGGAGUUGGGGAUCACUUCUCUGCCAUAUGAUGCCUUCCGCUCAAGGCUGUAGUGUAUACAUAUCAACUUUGACGCUUAUGUCUAUAGCAAUUGAUAGGUUUUUUGUAAUUAUAUACCCAUUCCGGCCAAGAAUGAAAAUAGAAACUUGUAUAUCUGUUAUUGCAAUGAUAUGGACCUUUUCGAUAACGGUUACUUUACCUUACGCCAUUUUUAUGACAUAUUACGAUUUAGAUAUCGGAAGAUUUUGUGAAGAAACUUGGCCAACUGAAAAGCUAAGGCGAGUUUUUGGAUCUAUAACGUCAAUACUUCAAUUUGUAUUACCGUUUAGUGUAAUAGCCUUCUGUUAUACCUGUGUUAGUUUUAAGUUGAAUGAUCGAGCUAAAGCCAAAGCUGCUAGUAAGAAUACUCGAAAGGAAGAAUUUGAUAAGAAUAGAAAACGUCGCACUAAUCAAAUGCUUAUUGCAAUGGUCACAAUAUUCGGCCUUUCCUGGUUGCCCUUAAAUGUGACGAAUCUCUACAAUGACUAUUAUAUGUAUGCAAUACAUUCAAAAUAUUACUUUUUGAUAUUUUUCGUCUGUCAUGUCAUAGCUAUGUCUUCUACCUGCUACAACCCAUUUAUAUAUGCGUGGAUGAAUGAGAACUUUAGAAAAGAAUUCAAACAACUGAUUCCUUGCAUUGAUACAUCUUUACAACGUACUAAUAUUCCAUUAGAACAAUUAGGGCACUUGUGUCAAUCAGAAAAAACAUUUAAUGGUAACACUGCAACUGACAGCUACAUGGGUUCAAGUUCACAAAGAAUUCCGUCGUUCAGACAAAAAAGGAAACCAAGUGCUGCAGCAGACGUCGAAAAAAGUGGAGUGGAACUAAACGAAGAUUUACUCACCGUGGAUGUUAAGCAUUGCCAUAUUUCUACAAGCUAUAAUUUGAGACGAGAGUCUGUUAAGUUAAGACUUAUCAACGAAGAAUCUUUUGAUGGACCGUCUACACAAAGUCAAUUCUAA